UAUUUUUUGUGUACUGACAAAUAACAGAGACAAACAAAGAGAGAAGAGACUCUUGGGAAGUGAGUUAGGAAAUAGCUGAAGAAAGCAGCUGAGCUGAACCUUUCUUCUCUACCAAUGCACUCUUAAAACCUUGUCUGUUUUAACCUAAACUAGGGUUUUCUGGGGCUUCACAGCAAACAAAAAAGAACAAAACUUUGUAGUUGUAGUGCAUUACUAAACCAACCCUUUCAAAACUAAAGCUUCUGGUGGUGUGGGUCAGCUGUUGGUUUCAACUAGAAAUUUACUAAUUUUCUCUUUUAGCUCUUCUACUCAAGAUUAGAGAAGAAAAAAAUGCAGACCCCAAAAGCAAGAACUGGCUCUUCCGAGGUCCCUCAAAGAAAGUCUCCUGCGACACCAAGGACUGCACGCCAACUGAAGACCGAUUCUGAUUCGGUUUCAUCGCCAAAUUCAGCUAGUAGAACACCAAAAGACAAAAGUCCUAAAGUCACUGAACGCAGAUCGCCACGAAGUCCAGCAACUGAGAAGAAGCGCCCAAGCAGAGUAUCUGAAUUAGAAUCACAGCUUGCUGAGCUUCAGGAAGAUCUGAAGAAGGCAAAGGAACAACUAAGCUCAUCCGAGUCCUUGAAAAGACGAGCUCAGCAGGAAGCUGAAGACACCAAGAAACAGCUCUUGACUAUGUCAGCUAAGUUUGAGGAAACUGAACAGCAACUGAUGGAAUUUUCUGCUUCUGAGGAUUCUCGAGUUCAAGAACUACGUCAAAUCUCACAUGAUCGUGAUAAAGCCUGGCAGUCUGAACUUGAGGCUGUGCAGAAGCAGCAUUCCAUGGAUUCUGCAGCAUUAGCAUCUGCCAUGAAUGAGAUCCAGAAACUGAAAGGUCAGCUGGAAAUGGUAAUGGAAUCUGAAAUUACACAAACAAAAUAUGCAGAGUCAGCACAUGCUGAUUCACAAGGCUUGAGAAUGGAAGUAACUGAAACUCUCUCUCUUGUUGAAAAACUGAAAAAUGAGCUUAGCGAUUGCAGAGAAUCGGAAGCUCAAGCCUUAGAACUAGUAAGUAAAACUCAAAAUCAAUUGGAAUCAGCAAAUGCAACUGCUGAUAUGCAUCAGUCAGAUGGCAACAAAGCUAUGGAGGGUUACCAUUCUUUAUAUAGAGAGCUUGAAGAAUCAAAAGCUCAAGUAAAGUCAUUGGAGGAACUUAUUGGCAAAAUGAAGGCGGAUCUAGCCAAUAAGGGUGGUGAAAAUUUGGUGAAUCUUACUGGGGAUGCUGAACCAGCAAAAGGAAGUGGAGAAAACAAGGAAAGAAACCAGCUCAGCUCAGAGCUAAGCUCGUUGAAACUUGAAAUGAGUCAGUUGAGAUCUGCACUGGAGGCAUCUGAGACCAGGUACCAGGAAGAAUACAUCCAGAGCACAUUGCAGAUUAGAAGUGCUUAUGAACAAGUUGAGCAAGUGAAAUCAGAAUCAGCAAAAAGAGAAUCUGAACUGGAGAUUGAAUUAAAGAAAGCUAAGAGUUCUAUUGAAGAGUUGAGGGCUAAUCUGAUGGAUAAGGAAACGGAACUGCAGAGUCUUUCAGAGGAGAACAAGGGAUUGACUGUGAAGGUUGAGAAAAACCAGCUUAGUGAAAGAGAGUCUGAACUUGCAAAGGAACUGAAGAAGUUAGAGCAUGAUUUCACAGAGUUGAAGACAAGGCUUUUGGACAAGGAGUCUGAAUUGCAAAAUAUGACCGAGCAAAAUGAAACGCUCAAGAUGGAAAUCAAUGCGGUGGAAAUGGAGAGAAAUAAAGUCAAUGAUGAAGCUGUUUCCGAGGUAGAGACUGCGAAGGCUGCAGAGAGAGAGGCUUUAAUGAAACUCGGUCAUCUAUCGGAAGAAGUUGAUAAAAGUAGCAGAAGAGCGACACGAGUGACUGAGCAGCUGGACGCAGUCCAGGCAGCAAACACAGAAAUGGAAGCCGAGCUGAGGAGGUUAAAGGUGCAGUCAGAUCAGUGGAGGAAGGCAGCUGAGGCGGCUGCUGCUAUGCUUUCAACAGGGAACAACGGGAAAAUUGUGGAAAGAACAGGUUCACUCGAUAAUAACUAUAAUACUAUUGGCGGUGCGAUGGGUUCACCUUACUCGGAAGACAUGGACGACGACUCGCCAAAGAAGAAAAACGGGAAUAUGCUGAAGAAGUUCGGUGUCUUGUGGAAGAAGGGUCAGAAGUAGAUAGUAUCUGACAGGAUUGAAUGGUUGAUGGCAGCUAAGUUUGAGUAUGCUGGAUCUUUGAAGACUGAUCUAUUUUGCAGACUACUACUGUAUAGUUAAUGUGGAAGCUGGAAAAGUUUGGAAUAUCCAUUUUGUUUAACCUGAAGUUUGUAAUGGCAUCUAAAGACUACCAUUUCCUCUAAUGUUUCAGCUUUCUCCUUGACAUCUUAUUUUAUGCUGUACAAAGCAGUUUUUCUUUUUGCUGUUCAAUGCAAGUUUAUGUAUUAAUUUGGAACAGUUAAUAUUAAAAAUGAAAGGACCUUUUUUAUUUUUAA